GGGUCAGGAAAACUACAUUUUGCACUAAAUUCAUUCACGGACACCGAGCAAAAGCUCUAUUAUCAUCUGUGAGGUUUUCUUCCACAUCGGCGUUUGAUGAGGUAAUGUCUCGGAAAUUAUUAUGUUAUUUCCAGUGGCGGCGGUAACUUUGGAUCACACUAGCUGUGCUUUUAAACUGUAACCCCAGCACAAUCUUGCGAGGAGUCGGGACUUUAUCGCUGGGCUUUCAGCUCCUCGCACAAGUUGUGGAAAACCAUGAGGACGGGGGACAGCGGUCCGACCGGCGGGGAGGGACACGGCGGAGGGACUCCUGGCUGCCGAGCUGCGCGCUGAACACAAACCAGAGCACUUUGGCUGCAUAUGAGGCGACUUGGUGAGAUUAUGGUUUAUGGAAAAGCCUGCUGCUCUGUCGCCGCAGGUCCGCCAACAAAGAAAACCACUGUUACGUUUUUUUCAUGUCAGUGCUGUGACCACUGUGUGUAAACAAACAGUGAACGUGUGGAGUGAGAGAAAAGUUGACUAAUUAGCUCUGACUUUAUGGCCACUCGAGAGUAACGCUGCUCACGCGCGCCUGCGCAAUUACGCACCUACACAUACACACGCUGCCCCCUUUGUUGUGGAGUUUACUCUCAGUUGAGAGUCUUGACAUUUUAAUUCCAGUUAUUCACAGUACAAUUACAGUUCAGUGUGAGUGGAUGUGUGAGGAUGGUGGAGAGCCGGAGCUGUGUGCAGAGGGAGGGGGUGUACCGCUGGUUCUCCUCCCUCACCUCAGCCCAGAGAGCAGAGUUCCUGUGCGGCCUUCUGGACCUCUGCGUCCCCAUCGAGCUCCGCUUUCUCGGCUCUUGUCUGGAGGACUUGGCCCGCAAGGACUACCACUCCCUCCGGGAUGCGGAAAUCAAAGCUAACAACCCCGCCGACUUGUCGGGCCUCACUAACAUCACGGACGAGGUGGUGCGCAGCAAGCUGCUGGUGUCCCUCGCCUUGCUCGGCUCGGACAACAGGGAGGCGGCGGGGGUCCUUUACCGGACUCUGACUCACAUAGACACGGUGAUUAAUAACUACGGCCUGGCGCUGAACGACGGGAGGACCGAGGAGCAGUUUCUCUUACUGUUCACCAUGGCCUCUCACCACCCGGCCUUCAGCUUCCACCAGAAGCAGGUGCUGAGGCAGCAGCUCAGCCAGAUCCAGGACAUCCUGCAGGUGAGCAGUGGAGGAGGAGGAGGAGGGGGGGAGGCUCAAGCUGCAGCCCCUGGCGGGGAUCGAGCUGCUGUCUGUUACGCCCAGCCACACAACCACUAUCACCAUCAGACCGUGUCCUUGCCUCUGGCUUCGUGUUCCCCCGUUGCCUGUUCCCUGCCCGAUGCCAGCGCCGCCUACCUGCCUCUGCCGGCCUGCCAACCCUGCCAGACACACUGCACCUGCUGCCACAAGAGCCAGACCAGAGAGGCCGGUAAAGUCUCAGGGCCAAACUCAGGGGUCACCGUGGGACGACGAGACCAAGCGUUCAGCCAGGACCUCACCCCUCCUCACCCUGACCUCCCUCCCCCUCCUCCUCCUCCCCCUCUUCCUCCACCACCACCACCACCUCCUCCUCAUUUGCCUCGUCCUCUGCCUGCUGGGCAAGGCCAGGAUGCAUCAGCACCAACCAAGAGCCACGAGGGGAAAGCAGGAAAAGUGGUCAUUGAGAAGGUGAUGCUGAGAGGAGUGACACACAAGUCUGAAGACACCAGUGAAUAUGUGUUUGAGGCCAGCUGGUCAGAUGGUUUUGUGUCAUCUGUUGUCAGAACUCAGCAGGAGGUGACAGAGCUGCUGUCCCAGCUGUCACAAGCAUUUCCAGAUGAAGGAGUGGAGAAAUCUCUCCCUCAGUCCAAAGAGCUGGACCCCAGGUGUCUGACAGCGCUGCCCUGCCAUGUCCUCCAGCACCACAACGUCCAGCUGUUCUUUACCUCCACCAGGCCUCUCUCACCCAACUCCCCUGGCUCCCUUCCCUCCUCCCUCCCUCCAUUACCCUCCCCCCUUCCUGUAGCCCCAACCUGCCCGUUCACCUCCAGCUCUAAUCUUGGCUGUACAGUUCAGUACAGAGGAACCAACAGGGCGGUAUACAGAGUGGCCAGCGUCCAGCCCGUCGUCAGCACCCACAGCUCUGUCUUGACUCGCCCUUCUCCUCACGUCUCCUCCCUCCCUCCUCCGCUUCCUCCCUCCAUUCCUCCUCCCCAGCACUCCCCCCAGCUGUCCUCCCUCCCUCCCCCUGUGCCAGCACUGCACACCCAGAGCUGCAUGGCUGGCGGAGGUGAUCCCUCCUCCCAGGUGCAUCCCCAACACAGUCCGUCGCACUCGUACUCUCAGCACCACCUUCAUCAGCAAACAAGCAGUCAGUCCAGCGCCCAGUCCCUGCACCUGUCCCAUUCCCUGCCAACGUCACACUCACAUUCCCAGUCCCUUUCGUACCCCCAGUCCCAUUCCCUGUCUCGUUCCCAGUCCCUUACACAGGCACCAUCCCAGUCCCAGCCCAGCACGCCAGAGCAGAACGGCAUCCUGGACUGGCUCCGCAGGCUUCGGCUCCAUAAGUAUUACCCUGUCUUCAAACAGCUCACUAUGGAGGAGUUUUUAGCACUGACAGAGGAGGAUCUGAACAAGUACGACUUGACCCAAGGAGCAAAGAAGAAACUCAAGACUCAACUAGAGCUACAGAAGUCAGCAGACAGGGAGAUGAAGAUGGAGAAGCGGUCCUGCAGUGGCAUCGCCAGGGUGACACCUUCCAGUCACAUGGGAGCCUCAUCACAUCCCACCUCGACUGCAGGAGAGCUGCGAGUCGAGGUGGAUGCUGUUCUGCACCAUCACCCCGUCUCUACAGACAGCAGCUCGUCCUCAGGCUACUCCAGCUCUUCCUGCUCCCCACAGAGAACACCACUCUGCUGUGACUCGACCUUCGACAGGACCAGAGACAUUCACAGGCGUGUGUCAGGUCCGGACUCAGCAGGCGGGGGUCCAGAGAAGGACCGAUCCUGCCUCUUCAUCCUGAACUCCAGCUGCUCGAGUCGCCCCACAGCCCAGGUUUUACCUGUCCAAAACGAUGUAGCUCCUUCUCUCCCUCCCUCCUGCUCCUUCGGCCUCCCACAGUCUCCCUACCACCCACAGGCCAGUUACAACCAGACCCUGCUCUCCCAGGUCUCAAACCCAGCACGCAUCCUAACUUCCCCGCGUAAGCCCAGGCCCCCUCCACUGUGCAUGGAGGACAGGACUAAGCAGCUGGGCUCGAGCCUGCCUGCGGCCGGUGCAGGCUUCAGUACAGGGCUCAGUGUGGGGAUGGGGGUGAGGCUGGAGAACCUUUUCCCAGGGCGUAACAUGGAUGGCUCCUCCCCUCUCCAGGACUCUGUGGUUUGCCGUGGCCUGGCGGGAGGUGCUGUAAGUCUGAUGGUAGAAACCAGUUCUGCUCUGACCUCCACCUCCAACAGCCUCCACCACGUCUCGCACCCCCCUCUGCACUUCCACCUCUCGUCCUCUUCAUCUCCAUCUCCAUCUGGAUACUACUCCUACCCACCUACCUCCUCCUCAUUCUCUUCUUUCUUGUGUCCCUCCACAAAGUCCGGGUCACAGUCUGGCAGCUCCAGUAGUGGUGGUGUUGUUCCCAUAGCAACUGCAAGCAAUGUUCCUGUGGCAGCAGUGCCCGGCAGCGCUUACUACCCGCCCCAGACCACCUCUAGCCCCUCCCCGUCCCCCUCCUCUGCCUCUUCGUUGGAUCAGAGUUCAGGUCACAACCCCUCUGUGUGUGUUUGCAGCUCCUGCGGUUGUCGGGGCAACUGCGGUGCCUAUGGGGCGUUGCCUGGAUACGCAGCGGCCGGCUACCUGCAGCAAUUCUCGGCCGGCCCCUCCCUCUUCACCCUGGGUCCUCUGCUCCAUCUCAGUCCCCUGAUAGCCUCAUCCAGCACAGCUGGCACCGGAGCCACGCCCUUCUCCUACCCGAUGAUGGUGCCACCGCCGCUCUACCGCCCCAGCCCUGUUUCACAUGACCAGCCGCAGGGCUUUGCCUUCUACCAGCCCCAUGGCAUUUUGGGAAAUGGAGGCCAGAAACGGGCAGUAGGGAACCUGUCGUGUUAUAACUGUGGUGCCAACGGACACAGAGCAGAGGAGUGCAAACAGCCGCCCAUGGAUUCAGCACAGCAAGGGACAUUUCGACUGAAGUACACUCCUCACUCUGACAGUAAGGACUCGGGGGACUAACAAGCAGAAGCACCAGUGGAUUUGAACUGUCACACUAGAGGCACAGCUGUACCUCAUGUUCCUGCUGAAGCUAGCAGACAGCGUUUAGACAGGCAGUCGGCUUCUGGAGUUCAACGAGACAACACAAACCCCAUGUAUGUUUUGUAAUUCUUGUACAGCAGCUUACGGAGAGAUGAGGACGGAAGAGAAACAGAUUGCUGAGAAGAGAGGAGUGGUUGUCACAGUUUGUGUCAUCGGAUUAGCUUUCAUCCCUCCUCAGAUCUCCACAGAUACAAACACGAGUCACAAGGAGGGCUGGAGAUUUGUACUCUGCCUCGCUUCAUUUCAGAGACGUGGCUGGAAUUCUGCCUCAUCCUCAGAGGAAACACUACACACAGUUAGUCAUGUUACCUAUGGUGCGGUACAACCAGAGAGUCAAAAUCUGCCUCCCAGCUAAAUGACUGAGCAUUAAUAGUCUGUAUGGUUCACAAACCAGAGGCAAAACACCUGAUGUUCUAAACUUCCUGGGCACUAAGCCAAGUGCAUUUGACCUAUUCUAAACAUAAAGCCCAGUUUAAUCAAAUUAUUGUGACAGACAGGAUACCUUGGAUAUACGUCCAGCAACAGCAAAGCACCAGUGUUAUCUUCCCUUUGACUGAAUCUACUGGUAUAAAACAUUUCGUACCACUCAAAGCUUUGAUACUCAAAAAAAAAAAAAAAAAAAAAAAAAAAAAAAAAGUCCCUUGUUCUGUUGUACAUCCCGUGAUCUGGUUUGGCUCGUCCAGUUACAAGACCUGUGUCCCAAUUCCAUGCUACAUACUCAUUAUACUACAUAUUAAUUGUACACAGCAUAUAUCACGUAAUAAUAUUCAUAGAAUAAGGUUUUUGCAGCUAGUAUCCAAGAACUCUUUUUGUUUUAAACUAACAGGAAAUGAUGCAAUAGCUGCACUGAGUUAAGGCAAUCAAACUGCGACUUUGGAACGCAACUGGCAGUUAAACUUGGCAAGAAGUUUAAAUACCAUCUACCAACUCAUUUUGUGAACAGUCCCUCUCAUCUAUGAGCAUUGCAUUCUGGGAGAAGAGUGUCCAUCAACAGCACACUCAAAAAUCAAGCGUUUUUAGUAUGCCUAUCAUACUAUCUACCUUAUUUUGUCUCUUUUUCAGUGCCAACACUAUAAUCCACAAAACCUGCUUAGAAUUAGUGCACAGUAAGGAUUUGAGACACAUAAAAGGUUGUAUCUUAAAGAGGAGCAAAAGAAAGAAAAACUGGCAGUGCUAUGCAGCAAUGUUUUGAUGAGUGGGUCUGUGGUAAACAUGGUUGUAAACAGUGCAGUACUUUGCAGAUGUUUAAUGCGGAAGGAAAUGCACUCAACAUGUUUGUUAGACUUUAAGGAUACACACAGUGUGUUAUGGUGAGAGACACUUUAUGUAAACAUAAAUGUGUUUGUUUACAAGAAGACGUGGCACCUGAUUCAAGGGCUGGAUCCCUCUGAAGGAAUCAGCUCAAGAAGGGGGAUCCUUUGCAGGACCUGAGGUUCUGCUGCACCUGCUGGUCUACCCCUGUUUAGCUGAUCUAGCCCAACACAGACUGUAUUCAGGCACUUCCAUGUGAACUUAAUAUGUUUUUUUAAAGUUGAUGAUGAUGAUGUGGCAUUAAAAGGCUGGUGAUUACCAAGGAUUACAGUACAAGUAGACGCAGCAUAACCGUCAUCAUUGAAGUGUGUGUGUGUGUGUGUGUGGACAGGUCACACUUGGAAAGUGGAAUCCCUCUUCACCGGCUGGGGGGGUCACACAGGGAAGCUGCACCAGCCACUGUCUUGUCCAUAAAAGCUCUUUACCGGUGCCCUGCAGCCUCUCUACCUCGGAGCCAACCUGAAACUGUUCCUCUGUACCAGGGCAAUCUGAAUGCACACUAAAUGUUUUCAGACACUUCGAAAAGUCAGCACAGUGUCUUUGUAUGUUCAGUUCACACCAGUGUUUCUGUCGUCAUUCAAGCUGGACUGACAUUUCAAAAGUGCCAAUUUGUUUUCAGCUCAGUAUGAUGAUGUCUCAUUUUUCAUGUUGUUAAAUGAAUGUUGAGCAGCGUGGACGUUAAUCCUAAAUGUGUUCUCACUCCAGAAGAGAUGGAGUUGACUCUUUUUGCAAUUAAUAUGUAUGUCUUUAUGCAAAAGAAUGUUUGUAUAAAAUUCAGGACUGUUGAUUUGGAGAGAGCCUACACAGGAUUGGAAAUUGGAGAGAGCAUAAGCAAGAUGGAGAAUGUUUUGCAGUAUUUUCAAGUCUGACUGUGAGUGAGUUGCUGGGCAGGACCCAGAGUUUUACAGACACGAGGACAGCUGGUCCUUCAGAUGAAACUCUAUCUGUACCCCUGGAGGGCACAGCACAGGGACAUGGUGUGUUUAUUUAAAAUGGUAAAUAAAUACUGAACAUUCAGUAUGUAUAACAACAUCUGUCUGUUGUUUAAAAUAAGUCAACAGUGUGCGUUUGUUUGUAAUAAAAUGUCUUUGGAGUAUUGCUUUUUCACAGAAGUAUGGGCCUUAGAAUCAACCAGCCAGCCUUCGCUUGUUCAGCUGAGGGUUCAUUUAACUUUCUCUGUCUCCAUGAACAUAAAAACACUUCAUACAUUGUUUUCAAUGGUCGCACAGAACAAGAAAAUUGCCUCCAUAGAUCAGAAGUGUCACAUAGCUCCAUUUCUGGUGUUUGUUUGUUUUUUACUUUUUAGUUUUGCUGUUUCCUUCAAGCCAGACUUGAGUCUGAAUCUGUAAAAAUCACAGAAGAACCUGGUUAACUGAUGCUCAACGUGCAUGUUGCUCUUUACCUUUAGUAAAAUAUUAUUUUGCAAUAUUUUGUGCAAAUGUUUGAACACAGUUUAUAAUUAUCCAGUUCAUUUGUAGGUCAUUUUAUAUUACUAAAUUUGUUUUAAAAGUUCAGAUAAAAAAUGUUUGAAUAAAUGUGUCCUGCCUGUCUUUCAUCA